AUGGCGGCAGCUCCGUCAUCUGCGAUCGAUUCGGAAAGGAGACAGUCUCUCUCAGGGGCCAAUAUACGAGGAAGCCUUCGUCAAACCCGUGGCUCCAUCGUCUCUAUCCCCGGGUCCCCUCAUACGCCGCAGCAACAGCGCCAAAUACUUUCCCCGUAUACAGGCACCUCGUCUCCCGGCUCGUCAUUCCGCCAGGAGGAAGAUGCGGUAAUAAUAGAAAUUGGAUCAAGGUGGCUUCGCGCCGGGUUUGAAGGGAAUAGUAUGCCCACCUGCGUAGUUGGGUUCGGAACAGAAGAAGGAAGAAGGGUAGGCGAUUAUCGAGGCUGGAUCAGAAGCAAUAGUAAUGCGGCAACGGCGAGGAAACGGCGUACUUAUGAUAUACAAACAUGGUCGAAAAACUAUGAGUUAUGGGUUCCGGAUCUCCGGGGCUUUGAUAUCCAACUGUUCGAAGAUAGAAUUGAACGUGCUAUUCGGGAGGUCUAUAACAAGUAUCUGCUUACGGAUGCAGGUUCCUCAAGGCUAGUGCUUGUUAUACCCUCGAUUGUCCCUCACCCCCUGCUGGCAUCGCUUCUGUCAACUAUAUUCCACCGUUGGAAAUACCCCAGUAUCACCCUCCUUCCAAUUACAGCGAUGGCGACUGUAUCUGCUGGCCUCCGGUCGUCUCUCGUUGUUGAUAUCGGAUGGGAAGAAACUGUUGUCACAGCUGUUUAUGAAUAUCGAGAAGUCCGGUCAAAACGAAGCACACGCGCCAUGAAGAUGAUGAUGCAGGAAAUGGCAAAAAUGCUCACCAAUAUCGUGUAUGAAGUAGAGGGAUCCAACCCUGGCGGAAAAGAGGAUACAGUAUGUAUCCCAUUCGAGCUCUGCGAGGAGAUUUUGGUACGACUUGCUUGGUGUGAGAAGAGUUCUCAACUCUCUGAGGACUCCGAGUUUAUGAGCGCCCACUCUGCCCCGUCUACAACUUCAGGCGGUAAUGGGGAUAUCUAUUCUCGUUCUCUAGAUUCGAAAGUGUCUGUUCCUCUGCCGGUUGGAUCUGACUCAAAGUACACGGAAAUUCCCUUUUUACAAUUCUCCCAGCCCACCGAAUCUACUUUAUUCGGUGGGCCGUAUGAAACCCGGGACUGGGAUGAUGAAGACAUGCCGUUAGAUAUCUUGAUAUAUUAUUUUCUGCUCUCCCUACCACCAGAUCUACGAGGCACCUGCAUGUCGAGGAUAGUUUUUACAGGCGGCGGCGCGAACAUUCCAGGAGUACGGCAACGGAUAUUGGAUGAUGUGAAUGCCCUAGUUGAAAAGAACCAGUGGUCUGUAUCAAGAGGCAAAUGGCUAAAUAGGCGGAAAAGUCGACUAUACCAACAAAGUGGCAGUGGGAAUUCUACUACACCAAACACAGAUAUGUCCAGUCCUACUUUUCGUGAGCCACCAGAGCUGGAACCGAACUUUAUUGAUGAAAAAAUGGACCUGAAGCGGAAAGACGAUAGACAUGUUCAUGGAGUACUUCGUCAGGUUGAAUCUAUGGGGCCAUGGACUGGGGCCAGUCUGCUGGCCAGCCUCAAGGUGAAGGGCCUAGUAGAGGUUGAGCGAGAAAAAUACCUUCAGCAUGGCCUGGCGGGUGCUAAUCGUGAUUACGAUCUUCAUCCUCCGGAAAGGAGAUCUGGUCAUGGACCAGGAGCUGCUCGGUCUGGAGGGGAUAGGUCUAGCUGGACGCUUGGUGAAUGGAGAUAG